AUGGCGGACCAGUUUAAGGCCCGGACGUUGAAGCGCAAGAACGUCAAAGGCCUCGCCCUCAAUGCGACCCCCAAGCCAGCUGCCAAUAAUGCCUCUGAUGGCGAUGCCCAGGCCCCCGGUGCGGUUGGAAACUCCGAGGGCAUUACCGAUACGCUAGAGAUUGGACUGGAGUUCCGACUCGACCUCCGCAGCGAGGAUCUCGUAACGUUGAAGGAGCUCGGAGCUGGAAAUGGAGGCACCGUCUCCAAGGUUAUGCAUGCCUCGACCAAGGUCGUGAUGGCCCGAAAGAUUAUCCGAGUCGACGCCAAAGAAAACGUGCGGAAACAGAUUCUACGGGAACUUCGGGUCGGACACGACUGCAACUCGCCCAAUAUUGUGACUUUCUACGGUGCCUUCCAGAAUGAGGCCAGGGAUAUUGUUCUGUGCAUGGAAUACAUGGAUUGCGGGUCUCUCGACCGAAUCUCAAAGGACUUUGGUCCAGUACGAGUCGAUGUGCUGGGUAAGAUUACCGAGUCUGUGCUGGCCGGUCUGGUCUAUCUCUAUGAGGCCCAUCGUAUCAUGCAUCGUGAUAUUAAGCCGUCCAACGUCUUGGUCAAUUCGCGCGGUGAUAUCAAGCUCUGUGAUUUUGGAGUCGCCACUGAAACCGUCAACUCCAUCGCCGAUACCUUCGUUGGUACUUCGACCUACAUGGCACCGGAACGUAUUCAAGGAGGUGCCUACACCGUUCGCUCGGAUGUGUGGAGUGUGGGUUUGACUGUGAUGGAACUGGCUGUGGGCCGAUUCCCAUUCGAUACCUCGGACUCUGCAGCAGGAGAUCGGGCCAGUGCAGGCCCCAUGGGUAUUCUGGACCUGCUUCAGCAGAUUGUUCAUGAAACCGCACCAAAGCUUCCUAAGAGUGAUGCCUUCCCUCCCAUUUUGCACGAUUUUGUUGGCAAGUGUCUGCUGAAAAAGUCGGAGGAACGACCAACUCCGCGAGAGCUAUACGACAAAGAUGCCUUCUUGCAAGCAGCCAAGCGCACGCCGGUCGACCUGCAGGAUUGGGCCAUCAGCAUGAUGGAACGACACAAUCGCAAGUCUUACUUGGCACCACCUGCGCCCAAGUCCCUUAGGAAUACACCUUCAGCAAGCACGCCAUCACCAGCUGCAGCGCCGCCCGUGCCACCACCGAUCUCCAAAGCCACCCCUAUCACCAGCAAACCACUUCCACUUCGUCAGCAGGCCCCGUCCCCAUACCAGCAGCACCCGCCUUCGGGCGAGAUCCCCAUGAACAUCGGCAACGAUGCCCACCGCUAUUACGGCCCCCCGAGCAGCCAAAACCACCACUACUCGUCCUCGCGCUCCGCACGGUCCCCACCACCACCGUCCUUAGAGCACCUUUCACUAGAGACCAAGGAUGACAAUGAGCCACGGUCCGGCCGCAUGCAAUCGCGCUUUCUCGGCGAUCCCGUCUCCGCUGUCGAGGCUCCAUCCCGCCCGUUCAUGAGCCCCCGGUCCGUCAGUUCGCACAACGGAAAGUCUCGCACCAACCUCAACCCUGCGACAAUGCCCAUCCGCGCCGCUCCCCCACCAAGUGGACCACCACCUCCUCCCCCUGUAUCUGCAGGUGGAAACUGGCGCGGCUACCACAGCCAAAUGCCUGGAGCCAGCUCGUAA